CCGGCGAUUAUCUCCAAACACGGCGACGGACUGCAUUUCGCACACGCACAGGAAGAAGUCAAAAGACAACCAAACCAAGCUCACACGGUAAACAACAACACAGACAAUGUCCUUCCUCUCGUCGCGACCACAGGGUGUGAUGGGCAGCGGCAGUGGCGGGUUCUCGGACUCGCCCGAAUUCGAUACGCUCGCAAAUCGGCUGUCGAACCAGCUGUUUACGCUCACGACCAACAUCUCGACGCUGAACCGGCAGCUGGGGAUGUUUGGCACGAAGAAGGACUCGCAUCAGAUCCGCGAGCGGGUGUCGUCGCUGUCGGACGAUACGAGGGAGCUGUGUAAGACGAUUGGGGAUGAGGUUAAAGAGCUGCAGGGUUGGACUGAUGUUACUCCCUCUCAACGGUUUACACAGCAGAAGCUGUCGCGGGAAUUUACAUCGCUUCUGGCGGACUUUCAGUCCGUGCAGCGCCUGUCGGCAGAGAAACAGAGACAGUAUGUGGUUGCGGCCAAGACACACCAGCCGGGGGCCUCGCAGCUUCUGGACCCGGGCGCGGAAGGACCGGAGUACGAGUACCAGCAGAUGCAGAUGCAGAUGCAGGAGCAGCUUCCGGGCCGGUCGGCGCCGGCGGUGCAGAGACAGCAGCAGCGGAUGCAGGAGCAGCAGACGAUGGAUGUGAUUUCGCAGGAAGAAAUCGACUUUCAGAACUCGCUGAUUGCCGAGCGCGAGAUCGAGAUUCAGGGCAUCGAGCAGGGAAUCUCGGAGCUGAACGAGAUAUUCAGGGACCUGGGCACGAUGGUUACCGAGCAGGGCGUGAUGAUUGACAAUAUCGAGUCGAAUAUCACGAGCGUGGCGGACCAUACGCAGAACGCGAGCGCGGAGCUGACGAAGGCGUCGCGGCACCAGAAGAGCUCGCGCAAUAAGUCGUGCUGUCUGCUGCUUGUGCUGGUUGUGAUUUUGAUUGUGGUGCUGCUGGCGGUGUUUUUGAGCUAGAGGAGGGAGGACUUGGGAGUUGAUAGGAGAAAUAAACAAAGCACAGCACAUUUAACGUAGACCCAGACAACAAGGAUACUGCGAAAGAUCAAGAAACGUAGAAUAA